AUGGCCCUACCUCAAACAACGUUCGUACCUUGUCCGAACGGCACCGGACUGAUGCCUCAUCCUCUGGCACUGGACUCGAUCUCUCAGGCCCAGUGCAGAGUGUACCAGCAAGACCGUCCAGUGGUCGAGGGAGCUUUUCGCCAAAACACCAUAACUUUCAGCAUGCGACAGAUAAUGCUUUCUCACCUGUCCUUCUAUUGCUAUAGAGGCGUGCUCAAUGGGGCGCCCUGUACGUUGUCCGAGGGUCAGCUGACGAAUAUGGGCACGUGGCUUCUACAGCAGUAUCCGGCAUUGAGCAUGGAGGAACAGGUCACAUGGCUCAGAGCAGAUUUGCAAGUCCGGGAAUCAAUCUCUACGAAGGACCAGCAGAUACUGAAGCUAGACAACAUUGCCCAAGCCCAUCGUGGCAACUCAGCGACUACUGAGCCGGCUACGGAAUAUAUCCUUGCGAUACAGCGACGCCUUCAAAUCACCUUGCCUCAAAUUGAUCAUCUGCGGAAGUGCGAGGAACGGGUCAUUGCUCUCAUUGCUUCCCGGCAACUUGUCAAACCACUGCCGAUUGUAGAGCCCGUCUCACAGACUCCGGCCAAGUCGGUGCCAGAGCGGACCCCUUUGGCCUCACUAUCUGCGAACAUGGCAUCCAAAGCACAGACAAUGCCAGGCACUUCGCUGAAGAGAAAGCGAGCUGAUGCUGAGCCGAGGAACGCAUCCGAAGUGAUAGAGCUGCUUGACGAUUCCGAAGAUGAAGAUCAAUUGCAAGGCAAAAUUGAGGCUAUACAAGCGAAGAUCGCCGCGAUGCGUUCGCGGACGAGCAAAGAAGAUGAAAUUAUCCCUGGCAAGCGAGUAAGGAAGAGUCGUAAGGUGGCUGGUGAGACCAAGACCAAGCCAGUCGUGCAACAGGGGCCCAUACUUGCGAACGCGCAAAUUUCACCGAGGCCGACUCCUGUCACCCGGGAUGCUUAUGCACCUCCUCGAAGCUCGCAAAGGUCGCCACCUUCGCGUAGCUCCAGCGGGAGCGUGAAAUCGUCACAACCCCGAGAAGCAAUAUCGAUGGCGGCGAAGAGCUCAGCCGCGGGGAGGGCCUUGCCCACUUCGAGCGUGUUCUCGCCACAGAACCAACGGAGUCUUCCUGCCUCGUCUAGACCUUGCUUUGGGCUCGUCGCGGCGGGUCAAGCUACAGCACCUGUUCCGAUGUCGAACUUGUGCCAGAUAGCUCAGCCCCCCAGCAGCCAGGCAGGUCGACAGCAGCACGUGGUAGAUCUAACAUCAUCGAGUCCGGUACGAGCCCAGCCAGCUUCGUCCAUGCCGGCAUCUCCAGAUGGACCAACUUUGUGCAAGGAACAGCAAGAAGUCGUGAACCUCAUCAUGGCCGGAAACAAUGUUUUUUACACAGGCGGCGCGGGCUGCGGAAAGAGCACAGUCCUCAAAGCAUUCGUGCCGCGUCUGCGGGAUAGAGGCAAGGUCGUGCGAAUCGUUGCGCCCACUGGCAGAGCAGCUCUCGAUAUCAAUGGCUCGACUACUUGGACGUAUGCCGGCUGGACGCCUCUUCACAUGAAGAAGCCUUUGGCAGAUCUAAGAAAGGCCGCGCAUGGAAAAUUCGUACGAAACAGACUCAAAGGCACGGAUGUGCUGGUGAUAGAUGAGAUCAGCAUGGUCGAGAAUCAUAUGCUUUCCAGACUUGAUGCGAUCAUGAAGGAGGCCCGUGGCAACAACAAUGCCUUCGGUGGAGUCCAGCUGGUCGUCACUGGGGACUUCUGUCAACUGCCUCCUGUCCGCCCUUUCCAGUACUGCAUGCAUUGUGGUCGCGAACAGGCGCAGAAGAUCCUCGCUGAUGGCAGGACUGUCCAUCGUUGCUACCAGCACGGCGAUUCCAAUGAUGAUGACAAGUGGGCUUUCAGAAGCACAGUCUGGCAGGAUUGCAAUUUCAAACACAUCAAUCUGACCAACAUCCAUCGUCAGAGCGAUGAAGUAUUCAUCAAAAUCCUUCAGAAGCUGCGGAUCGGGACAGAGCUGACGACAGCUGACCGGAAACUCUUGAUUGAUCAUCCUUGCGAUGUCAACAACGCCGUGAAGCUGUUUCCUACUAGGGAAGAAGUGCGCCGUAUCAACAUGGCGGAGUUCGACAAGUUGAAGACAGCUAAGCACAGCUUCACUUGCCUCGACCACUUUCGGUGGAACGAAGAAAAGCACCCACACCGCAGGACGAAAGGCGACCGUGAUCACCGUGAUGGUUCGCUCGUGGCAUUGAGAGAACACCGCUUGGACAGUUUGGUCGAAUACAAGCAAGGCAUGCUGGUCGUGCUGUUGGUGAACCUCGACAUUGCGAACGGAUUGGUCAACGGCAGUCAGGGUAGAGUUAUCGGCUUCGAGCCUUUCGAUCCCGCGAAGCUGCCGAAAGCAGGCCGAGAUGUGGGUGGUACACGGACAGGAAAAGCUCCUUCCGGAAGAUUCGGUACAUCGCAGGGCGGCGGCCGUCGCGCGCGGGAGAGGUCCAUGGAGCCUGAACAGGAUUCCAAGGGAGAGUUGCGAGGGGAGUACGCCUUCUUCAGAGAAGCGCAGAUCUCCGAGUACAUUCAGCACGCUCGCAACAUAUCGAAGUUGUGGCCUAUUGUCGAGUUCGAGAAUGGCCUGAAACGAACGAUCUAUGCAGACUGCCAAGUCAAUGAGCUUGGAGAUGAAAAGGAGUAUACUCUUUUGGCUAGGACCCAGAUACCGCUUAUCGCGGCUUGGGCGAUGACGAUACACAAGAGUCAAGGCAUGACAUUGAACAGGGUUAUUGUCGAUCUUGACAAAAGCUUCGAAGAAGGGCAGGAGUAUGUUACUUUGUCGAGAGCGAGGAGCUUGGAUGGCCUAAAGGUCAUGAGUCUGGGUGACAAUGUUGGAAAGGGUGGUAAUGCACAAGUGAAAGAGUUCCUGUGGCAGAAGUUCAAGUUGAGAUAA